GUUGAGCUUAUAUCAAAAGGCGUUUGAAAUGGAAAUGCAAUGGAUUUUCAUUUCUACUACAACUUUGUUUUCAUGCUACAUUUUUGUAACCAAAAUUGUGAGGAAGUUGAAUGGAUGGUAUUAUCAUAUCAAACUAAGAAACAAAGAUUACCCUUUGCCUCCUGGUGACAUGGGAUGGCCACUUAUUGGAAAUCUCUUAACAUUCAUUCAAGAUUUCUCAUAUGGCCAACCUGAUUCUUUCAUUACCAAUCUUAAACUCAAAUAUGGAGGUAAUGGUAUCUAUAAAAAUCACUUAUACGGAAAUCCUAGUAUCAUCAUAUGUGAGCCUAAGAUGUGUAAGCAAGUUCUUACGGAUGAUGUAAAUUUUAGGCCUGGUUAUCCAAAAUCCGUCAAAGAGUUGGCGCAAUGUAGACCUAUGACUGAUGUCUCUAGUGCCGAACAUAAGCAUUUACGACGCCGAAUUAUUGCACCCAUUGUUGGUCACAAGGCACUAGAAAUGUUCAUAGAACGUAUCGAGGACAUUGUGGUAACUUCCUUAGAAGAAUUGUCUAGCAUGAAGGACCCUAUUGAGUUGUUGAAAGAGAUGAAGAUGGUUUCCUUUAAAGUUAUAAUCUACAUUUUCAUGGGAUCUUCUAAUCAUAAUGUUGUUGAAAAUAUUGGAAGUUCAUUUACAGUUUUGUUUAAUGGAUUGUUCUCUCUCCCCAUCAAUGCUCCUGGUUUUGCUUUCAACAAAGCACUUAAGGCACGCAAGAAGAUAGCCAAAAUACUUAAACCUAUUGUCGAUGAAAAGAGGUUGACGAUACAAAGUUGUCAACAUGUGGGAGAAAAAAAAGAUCUUAUAGAUAUUUUAUUAGAAGUCAAAGAUGAGAAUGGUAGCAAUUUGGAGGAUGAGGAUAUUAGUGACUUAUUGAUGGGGCUAUUAUUUGCUGGACAUGAAAGUACAGCAACUGCACUAAUGUGGGCAAUUAUUUACCUUACAAAGUAUCCGGAUAUUCUGAAAAAAGCCAAGGAAGAGCAGGAAGAAAUCUUGAUGGCACGACCGAUAUCUCAAAAGCGAUUGAGUCUUAAUGAAAUCAAGAAAAUGGUUUAUCUUUCUCAAGUAAUCAAUGAAAUGUUGCGACGUGUUAACUUUUCCUUCUCAUUUUUUCGGGAGGCAAUGUCUGAUGUCCACAUCAAUGGUUAUCUCAUUCCAAAAGGAUGGAGAGUGCUAAUAUGGGCGAGAGCUAUUCAUAUGAACUCUGAAAUUUAUCCAAAUCCUGAAGAAUUUAAUCCAUCAAGAUGGGAUAAUCACACUGCCAAGGCAGGAACCUUCCUUCCUUUUGGAGCUGGAAGUAGGAUAUGUCCUGGAAGCGAUUUAGCAAAACUUGAAAUUUCAAUAUAUCUUCAUUAUUUCCUCCUUAAUUAUAGGUUGGAGCGAAUGAAUCCAGAAUGCCCUGUUACUAACUUGCCAGUACCUAAACCAAUUGACAACUGUCUUGCUAAGGUGAUAAAGAUCUUGCAUGCUUAGCUUGUUUCAAAACCACUUGUUUGUAAACCAACAUUUACUUUUCUUAUGUCGCAAUUGGAGCCAUUAGCUUUUAUAGUUAAUGUUGUUGUUUUUAGUCUUCAUAAAAAGAGAUAAAUAAUAUUAAAAAAAACUGUAAUAGGUGAUGAUGUAGAUUCACCUUAUGUCAUAUCCUAAACUUUGAAAAUCAAAUUUAUAUAAUUAUACUAUUA